GCGCAGGCUGAGUGCUGCGGAGCCCGCGGCAGUUCCUGCACGGGACUGCCCUGGCAUCCCCCUGGAGCCCGGAGAGGGUGGCCCCGGAGCCCAGAGGACACUACCACCCACCGUGCUGCCCCACCGGAGCCGGCCCGGGGGGCUGCGGGCCGCCAGAGAUGAUGGGCUGAGCAUCCGUUCCGGAGGCACCCCAGGGCCAUGAGCUCCCCGUGCGGCCCUGACUCGGAUAUUGCAGACUGGCUGGCCACCAUCCACUUGGAGAGGUACCGGGAUGUCUUCAAGCAGCACGGAUACCACGUGGCCAGAGAUGCCACCUCUCUGGACAGCCACCACCUGCAGCAGAUCGGCAUCACCGCCACCGGGCACCGCAAGCGGAUCCUCACCCUGGCGCAGCAGACUCGGCUGCUGAGCCAGUCCCGGGGCAGAGCUGCGGCAGGAAACACCCAUUCCCGAGGCACGGAGGUGCUGGAUGCCCCCCAGGAGGGCAAGGAUGCCAUGAGAGCAGAGCCGGGAGGGACCAGUGACGCCUUUGGGACGCAGCCGCGUGUCACCGUGCCCAGCCAGGCACCGCCUGGAGAUAAGGACGCCGCUCCUCCCGCCCCGAAGCCGGUUCCCAAGCCGAGGACGGUUUUCCCUCGCUCAAAGCCGGAGCAGGGAUUAGUGCCCGUGCCCCCUGCACGCUCCACGGUGCCAGCGCACGGCCCGGGCAGCGAGAGGGCACCAGCAGCCUUCGUGGUACUGGAGGGGUUUGUGCCAGGGGAGAGCUCCACGGAUUUGGAGAGCCCGGAGCCCGGCGCUCUUCCAGGGGCAGCGGCGGCCAUGGGUGCGAUCGCGUCCCGGCUGCGAGGGCGGGACAGUGCUCGGGAGGACACACGGCCGCCCCCGAGCCACGGACAGACCCUGGAGACAGCGGAGAAAUGCCCCCCGUCGGUCCCGAGCGUGCCCCCACGGCACAGACACAGGGGCCCGGCAGCCGAGCCCAGCCCUGGCAGCGCCCAGGAGGCUCCCCCCGGCCCCAGCGCUCCCCCUGGUCUCCCGGCCAGGAGAGACCCCUCGCCCUGCCCCAGAGCAGCCUCCUCUGAGCCGGGCUCGGGGCAGCCCCGGCUGGAGAUGGUGUCCAACGUCAUCUACGAAGGACUCGAGCGCCCGGCAGCAGCCGCGGAGGAGCCGGGAGGGGAGGACGGGCCCCGGGGAGAGGGGGUCCCCCAGCCCCCCGCUCCGUGCCCGCAGGAGCACACCCGGCCGGAGGACAGGUCUGAUCCUGGCUGGCCCGGCGGGGCCCUGCCCCCCAUCCCACAGAGACCCACCGGCAAGCCAGAGGGGAAUGAUCUGCCCAUCACCCCCUACAGCGAGACCAUCUUUGGCCAUGUGGCCCUGCCCCGGGAGCCAAAGGGUGUUGGCAUCUCCUCUGAACAGAGCUACGAGGCCGUGCCCGAGCUGGAGCUGGAGCGGGAAGGCUGCAGGACGAGCAGCGAGUGCAGCAGCGAGGGCCGCAGCGAGGACGAGGAGGGCCGGAGCCGGCUCAUCGAGCGCAUCGCGCACAGCGACACCGAGGGCUACUCCACCGUGGAGGCGCCGGGCGCGCCGUUCAGCCUGCCCGCCCACCUGUACCCCGACGAGCUCCUGGACGACCUGACCAUCUCCCCGUACGCCAGCUUCACGUCGCUGUGCGAGCCCCGGCCCACCAUGCUCGGCGGCUGGCUGGACAAGCUGUCCCCACAGGGGAACUAUGUCUUCCAGAGGCGCUACGUCCGUUUCGAUGGGAAGAACCUGAUGUACUUCAGCAGUGAGAAGGAGCCCUAUCCCAAAGGAGUGAUCCCACUGUCUGUGAUUGAAAUGGCUCGUUCCACCAAGGACAACAAGUUCCAGGUCAUCACCAGCCAUCGGAUCUUUGUCUUCCGUGCCGAGAACGAGGCCCAGAGGAACGAGUGGUGCUCCACGCUGCAGAAGAAGGUGAUGGAGCAGCGCCUGGUGGGGUCCCGGCCCCGGCCCGCCAACACUGCCCACUGCCAGAAGUCAGGAACCCUGGAGCUGAAGGGCCAGAAGUCCAAGGUUUUCGCAGCCCUGAGCCUGCCUGAGAUGUGGCUGUACAAGAGCGAGCAGUUCUUCAAAAUGGGCAUUGCCGUGUGCUUCAUUGAGAUGCGCGGCUCCACCAUCCGCGAGGCCAAGAGCCGCAGCUUCGAGCUCAUCACCCCCUCCAAAACGUUCAGCUUCGUGGCCGAGUCGGAGCGGGAGAAGCGGGAGUGGAUGGAGGCGCUGCAGGAGGCCAUCGCUGAGAUGCUCUACGACUAUGAGGUGGCAGAGAAGAUCUGGUCCAACAAAGCCAACAAACACUGUGCUGACUGCUGGGCUCAGAGUCCUGACUGGGCAUCCAUCAACCUGUGCGUGGUCAUCUGCAAGCAGUGUGCAGGGCAGCACCGCAGCCUGGGUUCCAACAUUUCCAAGGUGCAAAGCCUGAAGCUGGACACCAGCGUCUGGUCCAAUGAAAUUGUACAGCUCUUCAUCGUGCUAGGAAAUGACCGAGCCAACCGGUUCUGGGCCGCUCGGCUCCCCGCCACCGAGGCCAUCACCCCGGACAGCGGCGCCGAGCAGAGACGGGAAUUCAUCGCGCGCAAGUACCGGGAGGGACGGUACCGCCUGCCCCACCCCCACUACGCCACUCAGGAGGAGGUGCUGCAGGCACUGUGCUCUGCGGUGGCAGGACCAGCCCUGCUCAAGACCAUCCUGCAGUUCUUCUCGUCCUCAGAGGCUGCUCUGGCCUCUGAUCCUGCUGCCAGCGAGGCGGCCCCGGGGGCCGACCUUUGGUGGGGACCAGAGAGCAAAAGGCCCAGGAACCUUUCAGGGAGCCCCCGCGGACGGGACCCGGGUCCCGAGGGUGUCUACAACGAGAUCACCCAGCCAGUGACACACAGCGGGUACCUGUACCGGGCCACGGCCCCCCCGAAGCUCCCAGGGGCCAGGAAGAGCAAAGAGGACUUCCAGCGCACGUGGUGCUCCCUGGAGAGAGCCUUGCUCUUCUUCGAGACUGAGAAAUGCACUGAGCCCCUGGGCCACAUUGACAGCGGGGAUCUCAUCUCCCUGGGGGUCAGCAGAGCCCACCAGGCACUCACCAGCCCCGGCCCCACUGAAAGGUUUCGCUUCACCCUUGAGCUCUUCCUCACUGGGGAAAAAGUGCAGCAGCUGGGAGCUGAUGGGCCCGAAACGCUGCAAGCCUGGGCCAGUGCCAUCGGCAAGUGGUUCACCCCCGUGAGCUGCCACUGCCUGCUGGGCUACGAGUUCCAGCGCGUGGGCCAGCUGCGCUACAAGUGCAUGCUGAACCCAGAGCGCUGGCAGAGGGCCUUCUUCAUCCUGCAGAAGAGCCACCUCUUCAUCUGCCCCGCCGAGGAGGACGGGGCUGAGGACAGCAUCAACCUGCGGCGGCUGCAGGAGCUCAGUCUGGUUCCCCCCACGGACACCCCGGAGAAGAAGGAGCUGCUGGUCCUGGUGGAGAUGGGGAGGACAUUUUACCUGCAGGGCUUGUCGCGGGCAGACUCGGCAGCGUGGUACGGUGACAUCCAGGCAUCGGCAGGGGGCCGGGGCAACGCUCUGAGGGACCAGCAGCUGAGCCGGGGGGACAUCCCCAUCAUCGUGGACUCCUGCAUCGCCUUCAUCACCCAGUACGGGCUGCGGCACGAGGGGAUUUACCGCAAGAACGGAGCCAAGUCCCGCAUCAAGGUACUGAUGGAGGAGUUCCGGCGGGACGCCCGCAACGUCAAGCUGCGCAUCAGCGACAACUUCAUCGAGGAUGUCACUGACGUGCUGAAGAGGUUCUUCCGGGAGCUGGAAGAUCCCAUCUUCACCCUGGAGCUGCACCCGCAGUGGAAGGAGGCUGCAGAGAUCUCCUCGAAGCCGCAGCGCUUGGAGCGGUACAAGGAGCUCAUCCAUCGCCUGCCUCGCCUCAACCACAAGACCCUGGCUGCGCUCAUCGGGCACCUCUACCGGGUGCAGAAAUGUGCAGACCUCAACCAGAUGAGCACCAAGAACCUGUCACUGCUCUUCGCACCCAGCCUCUUCCAGACCGACGGCAAAGGGGAGCACGAGGUCAAGGUGAUGGAAGAUCUCAUCGACAACUACGUCAGCAUCUUCAAUAUUGAUGAGGAUCAGGUAUCCCAGAUGGAUCUGGAGAACAGCCUGAUCACCACCUGGAAGGACACCCAGCUCUCCCAGGCAGGAGACCUCAUCAUCGAGGUGUACCUGGAGCAGAAGGUGCCCGACUGCUGCGUCACCCUGAAGGUGUCCCCCACGAUGACAGCAGAGGAACUGACCAACCAGGUGCUGGAGAUGCGCAACGUGCCCGCCAGCCUGGACAUCUGGCUGACCUUCGAGGCUCUGGAGAACGGGGAGCUGGAGCGGCCCCUGCACCCCAAGGAGAAGGUGCUGGAGCAGGCCUUGCAGUGGUGCAAGCUCCCAGAGCCCAGCGCCGCGUACCUGCUGGUGAGGAAGGUGCCCAUCGGCGAGGGCAGCUGUCUCUUCACAGGUGCCAAGCGUGAGACCCCCAAGUGUGGGCUGCUGAGGUGCCGGGAGGAGCCCCCCAAGCUGCUGGGGAACAAGUUCCAGGAGCGUUACUUCGUCAUCCGGGACAGGAGGCUGCUGCUGCUCAAGGAGAAGAGGAGCGCCAAGCCAGAGCGUGAGUGGCCCCUGGAUGCAGCCAAGGUUUACAUGGGCAUUAGGAAGAAGCUGAAGCCACCAGCUCAGUGGGGUUUCACACUGACCCUGGACAAGCAGCAGCUGUACCUGGUGUGCUCAGGGCAGGCUGAGCUGUGGGACUGGACCACCAGCAUCCUCAAGGCUCAGCACGACGACCUGCGCCCCGUGGUCCUGCGCCGGCGCUCCUCCUCCGACCUCGCCAAGCAGAAAUUCGGGACCAUGCCGCUGGUGCCCCUGCACGGGGACAGCACUGAUGCCACCAUGCUCUCUGCCAACCAGACCCUGCGCCGCCUGCACACGCGAAGGACUUUGUCCAUGUUCUUUCCCAUGAAGAUCCACCAGGACUCCCUGGAGGAGCAGCAGGAGAAGGAGGCAGACACUGAUCCUGUCUAUGAGGAAGUGGGGAACUUCCCCGAGCUGGCGGCGCUGGACCUGGGGCAGGGGCUGCUAGCAGAGCUGGCGGCCGUGCCCCCCGUGGACAGGUCUAAGAAGCCAUCCCCAUUCUCUGAGGAGCCCCCAGGCACUGCCCUGCGCUCUUCGCUGCCCGCCAGCCCAGCCCAGAGGGUGACAGGUCCCUCUGUCACCAAAGCUGUGUCCCUUGAAAGGGGCUUGAACCUGGAGAGCAGCAAAGCCCCAAGCCCGGGGCUCAGACCCACCAAAACGUCCUCUCUGGAGAGGAACGUGGAGCCUUCCCUGGCACUGGGCAGGGACUGGGAGCAGGCAGCCACACCAGGGAGCAGCCCCACAGCAGAGACCUCCCUGGAGCUGCCCAGGAAGAGGAGCUUGCAGCCUCCCUCACCCAUCAGUGACAAACUGAUGCAGGAGCUCAGCAGUGUCAUCCUCAGGAAGAGCGAUGGCCAACCCCCGGGGCCUGGCCAGCCGGUGACGUGACCCGCUGUGCCAAAGGGGUGGCCACCAACCUGGGGGUCAAGUCGUGCCCGGUGGCAGCGAUGAUGGGUACCCCAGAGGCAGAGGGGAUGGGUACACACACUCCCACAUCGUAGAAGCCCCACCCUGCUCCUCCUCCUCAUCCCGGAGCCAGGCUGGGAUCGGGAACCGAAGGGACAAGUGGUGACCAGGAUGUUGGGCCAUGGUACCCCCUCAUGGGAGGGCUGGGACUGCUGCCACCCGUGCUCUUGCUUGUGGGUGGCACGUCUGUCACGGAGCCCAGCACCGAGGGACACAAGUAAAAGGGAAAACAAAAGCAGGAACGUGAUGCCCGCAUGUUUUGGCAGCACGGCACCGUGCCAGGCAGGGGGCACGGGGUGCCUGCCAGCACGGGGGAACACAACGUGUCCCCUCCAGGACUGGGCCUGCGGGGCAGGGCCAGGACACUCAAGCUAUCCCUCCUUCCCUUCUUACAUCUACUGUGGCGUAGUUUGGGGGGAAAAGGGGAGCAGCAGGAGCAGGGCUGGCCGUGUGUGCCUGGCGUUAGUCCUGGCGAUGGAGGGCAGCCCCUCCUCUGCGAGGGUGUUUGUACCUAUUCCUGCCACCAGGAGGGAGAAAUAAAGGUUUAUUUGUACUCUG